UCACAAAACGCGUUCGCGUUGGACUUUUGAUCAUAUAUAUGUAUCGAUUUUGAUGAGCUGAGGCUUAUCUUUUAUUUUUUCAGUCCAACUUUCUCUGUUGAAAUUUCCACUUUUCUUUAUGUUUUCCUCCGAGGAAAUUGAGGAGAAUUUGCAUUGCCAAUAUCUAUUUUGUGCUAUGCAGGAUUGAAGAUUUUCAGUUAUGGGGCAUUUAUCUUCUGGUGUGAUUAAAUUUUUUGGAGGUUCAAGCCUCUGUAGUUAGUAUGAAGUGCAUUGUAUAGUAUGCUCGCUACGUGUUUGAUGAAUUGCCUUGAGUUUUAUAUAAGAUGAUACAGUGGUUAAAAAGCUCGGAGGGCAGCCACUUGGACCAGACAUGUAUUAUUUGAAAAUUGUAUUGACGGACCUCUUCCGACAGCAUGAAGAGGAGCCCCAUCAUACUUUCUUGUUGUCUACAGCCAAGUUCGAGUAGAGGUCAUCUCUCAUUCACAUGCUUUUCAAGUUUUUCUCUGUCGGGGUCAUCUGGUCAGCGAUCUUUUCCCAAUUAUUCACCAAAAAAACCUUCUAUAAAAGAUUCUGAGUUUGUCCGCCAUAUCUCAAGUAUCCUCAAGCAACGCUGCUAUGAGCCCCUUCGACAAAUUCUGAGGUCCUUUGAGACCAGAUUCAGGCCCGACCAUCUGGUUUGGGUUCUCAUGGAAAUAAGAAAUGAUUACAGACUAGUUAUAAAUUUAUUCAACUGGUCGUAUAUGAGAAGGUACCCAUCACUUGAGGCUCGUUGCAUCAUUAUUCAUCUUGCUGUUGCGGCUAAUGAUCUAAACACAGCUCAGAAACUUUUCCAUGAAUUCUGGACGAGUCCUCGUACUGAUGGUAAUACCUCGGUCUCCCAGUUUCUUGAAAAAAUAAUAUACACCUACAAAGACUGGGGUUCAACUCCCUAUGUCUUUGACAUCUUUUUCCAAGUCCUUACCGAAAUUGGACACCUUGAAGAUGCACGACAGCUCUUUGAGAAGAUGUUGAACUAUGGUGUGCUUCUCUCUCGUGAUUCCUGUAACCUGUUUCUUGCCAGAGUUUCAAAAGAUAUUGGUGGUCCUCUAAUGUCAUUAAAAGUAUUCCAAGAAUUCUCUGAAGUGGGUAUUAACUGGAAUACUGUAUCGUAUAAUAUAGUUAUACACUCACUUUGUCAAUUAAGGAAAACCAGAGAAGCUCAUAACUUACUUCUACAAAUGGAGUUAAGAGGUUGCCUUCCUGAUGCUGUAAGUUACAGUACAGUUAUCAAUGGAUAUUGUAAUGAAGGAGAACUUCAGGCAGUGAUAAAAGUUGCUCAAGCUAUGCUGCAGAAAGGUCUGAAGCCCAAUGCAUUUACGUAUAACUGUAUAAUCGUCCUCCUAUGCAAGACUGGUAAAAUGGUCGAUGCCGAGAAGAUUUUGAGGGAGAUGACUUCACAGGGAGUUUUUCCAGAUAAUGUAGUCUACACAACACUUAUUGAUGGUUUUAGCAAACUUGGGAAUACUUCUUCUGCUUUCAGAAUGUUUAGUGAAAUGCAGAGUCAGAAUAUUGUUCCUGAUUUUAUUGCAUAUACAGCUCUAAUUUGUGCCUUUUGUCAGAAUGGAAAAGUAGCAGAUGCAGAUCAGUUUUUUCAUGAAUUGCUAAAUAAUGGGUUAAAACCAGAUGAGUUUAUUUAUACAACGCUUAUUGAUGGUUAUUGCAAGGCAGGUGAAAUUAAAAAAGCAUUUUCACUGCACAAUGAGAUGAUCAAAAUGGAGUUAAAUCCUAAUAUCGUCACAUACACUGCACUGGUUGAUGGGCUGUGUAAACAAGGAGAGGUUGAAACAGCAAAUGAACUUCUUCAUGAGGUGCGUGAAAAGGGACUUGUUCUCAAUAUCUACACAUGGAAUGCACUUCUCAAUGGUCUUUGCAAAUCUGGGAAUAUAGCAGAGGCAGUGAAGUUAAUGAAAGAUAUGGAAGUAGCUGGGAUACAGCCUGAUGCUUUUACCUAUACUACUCUAAUGGAUGCUUAUUGCAAAUCUGGUCAAAUGAUCCUGGCACACCAGCUGCUAAAUGAGAUGUUACAGAGAGGGGUUAAGCCAACUAUUGUUACAUUCAAUGUCCUUGUGAAUGGAUUUUGUAUGUCAGGGAUGCUCGAAGAUGGUCAGAAGCUGCUAAGCUGGUUACUGGAGAAUGGUAUAAUGCCUAAUGCCACCACUUAUAAUUCACUUAUUAAACAACAAUGUAUCAGAAAUGAUAUGCGUGCAGCAACUCAAACUUACCGGGGUAUGUGUGAUCAAGGAGUGGUACCAGAUGGAAAUACCUAUAAUAUACUGAUACGAGGGCAUUGCAAAGCAAGGAAUAUGAAAGAAGCAUGGUUUUUGCGUAAGGAAAUGGUUGAGAAGGGACACGAUCUCACUGUUGAGACCUAUAAUUCACUAAUUAAGGGAUAUAUUAAGAGGAAGAAGUAUAGAGAGGCUAGAGAACUUUUUGAUGAGAUGAGAAAGAAGGGACUAUCAGCAGAUGAAGAAACAUACUGCACCUUUGCGGAUAUGAAGUAUGAAGAGGGGAAUAUAGAUUUGACUUUGGUGUUCUGUGUUGAAGUCAUUAAGCAUUGUGAAGGUGGUAAGGGGUAACUCUUAUAGCUUUGUUUGGAUAUUUCUGGAGUUAGUGUUCCGUAAGGAUGGAUUGGGUUCCGGAAAUUGAGCAUUUCUGAACAUCGGCUGCUUGAAGUUGAGAAACUGAGAUGUGGUUGCAUCUAGACUAAAGUUUAUAACCGUAAUGGGACCAAGGAAGUUGUUGGAUCUUUGGACUCUGGUGAUGGAAAUGCUGUGUACUGAAACUGGCGAAUUGCCACAGGAGGUCUGACUUUAUGAUGCCUUGUGGAUAAAGACGUCAAAUUUUUCAAAACCAGUGGUUUUGAAUGUUUGGUCCAACUCCAGGAGUGUACUUGGGCCCUUGAUAAAGCUAUAGAUUCUUGGAAAUGGGUUUGGAACUAUUUUUUUUACAGACAUUUGGCAUCUGAAACUCCAUUGAGAAGGAAUGUAAAAGUUGGAAUUUGAUUAACUAGUCACAAAAAGAGCCAAGAGGAAGGAUUUUUCUGGAAUCAGAGUGCAGAUAGUGGAUGAAUUCUAUCUUCAAUAUUUCCACACAGUUUAUGAACCAAGAACUGGACUCGAUUUCUGGUGAUUGUGAACAAAGUUUUCAGCAAAGAGGUUUAUGUGGUCUGCCAGAGAGGUUUGGCAUAAAUUGAGAUGAUGAUAAUAAAGUUCAGAAUCGGCCAUCAUGUAGAGCUUGAGAUGGAAUCCAAGUGAUGGGGAGGCUUUGUUGGUUUAUAUGCCUUUUAGUUGCGUGCAUUUUGUGCACGAGCUAUUUGACUGAAUUUUCUGCCAAUGCCUGGUUUACUAAACUCGUGCUAUAAACUCGAUAUACUUGUUGCAUGGCUUUGGGAGGAAGUGGAGGAAUUUGUCAAUUUUAAGUGAAACUGCAGAUGCUGUUAUUACAGCUGCCACUUGGCAGAAAUUGCCAAAAUGUAUGUAAAAUGGCUAUACAGAGCAGGAAUUUGUGUCCUAUAAUUGCUUUCUUUUGCUAUUUAUCUUGUGUUGGUCAUUAAUACCAAAAGUUGGCCCCUUGAUGAUGCCGAUACUUGUGCUGUUUCCUUGAUGAAAUAUUCAAUUUCACGAACACCUUAAAAUUACAAUAGAUGGUGUUUUUUUCUUUCUCGGUUGUAUUAUCUAUGUAUUCACUUGAUUGCAUUACAAAUUGCAAGUAAGGUUUUGCUGUCGAAGUUGCUGAUCAGCGCUGGGAGUGGGAAGUAUUCGUGAAAAUUUUCAGGAAUGUUUUCAUAUUCAUUAGUGUCCUCUCAGGUUCAGUACAAGAAAACUAACAUGUCACAGGAAAAUCACUAGGAAAAGCAAAAAUGCCAAAAGAAGAAGCUUCAUAACUGAAUGUGGCAGAACAAGAUAGCCAUGAGAUGGUGCAGCUGCAGGAGGAUUCCUGGAAGUCACAACUUCCUUGGAGCAGGCAUAAUUGCAUCGGCUUGGACGAACUAUUCUGUACACUCCACUCUGUGUUAAAAUGAAGACAUCUUUUGUGUUAUCUUGUCCAAAUGAAAAUAUAUACUCCAAAGCAGGAAGAUCGCUGUUGGGCACCAAAUCACACUUAAUGGGAGAAUCUGGAGCGCAGCUGAAAGGAGUGUCGCUGGUUGUAAAGUUCCCACUGUUACGAGGAGUUUCUGAUGCAGCCCAAAUAUGGCUCGCGUAAAGGUCUCCGUACAGGUAACUGAACAUGACAUAUAUGCAAAGGUAAAUUAGCUUCACAAGUAUAAGCCAUGUUUGUUCAAAGAAACAGAGAUGGUUUCUUGUGUUUUCACCUUCCAUAGGUACAUGGAUCUGUCUUGGACCGAUAAAAGAAUCCACCUGAUAUUGCUGCAGAUCCAAGUUUGUUAAUAUUGGAGUGACUGUAUCCCAGCACGGGGAAGAUGGGAUCAAUGGAAUCUGCAGAAGUAUUGCCACCCGGAGUCUUCUGAGGCACGAAACCUUGGGGGCCUUCAUAGACGCGCCAUCCGUAGUUUCCUCCCUUAGAGAUGAUAUCAACUUCUUCAUAUUGAUCCUACAGAGGUAUCAAAAGGUAAGAAUAUAGAAAUCACUCUACAGUGGCAUAGAUAUUCAAAAAAGUUUUGUUUAUAGCAGUAACUUUGAACCUGUCCAACAUCAGCACACAUGAAGUAUGAAGGUCUCUCUGAAUCAAAGCUACACCGCCAUGGAUUUCUGAAGCCGUAAGCCCAGAUUUCCGGUUGCAUUCCUUUGUCUUCUAAAUAAGGAUUAUCUUUGGGGAUAGAAUAGUUUCCCCACAAUUCUAGUUUAGCCAUCUCAUCUUCGCCUGAGAAUUCAACACAUGAUUCUGUGAAAUUUGAGAUCAUAUGGAAAAACACAGGCUUUUAUAGGUUGUAUAUCUUGAUUACUUACUUGGAAACUUGUUGACGUCGAUCCUCAUAAUCUUCCCAAGCAGCGAUUUCUUGUUCUGAGCAAAGUUAUAGGGAUCUCCUUUACUUCCUCCAUCUCCCAACAUGAUAUACAUGUGGCCAUCAUCUGGGCCAAAGAGAAUUUGGCCACCAUGAUUUGAUGUAAAGGGUAGCCCCAAUGUGAAAAUCCUUUGUACCUCUCGUGGUCUUGCCUUGUCUGCCUAGAGAUGGAUCAUAUGUCAGCUCAACUCAGAUGCAUUAUUCAUUUUCUUGUUCUAUCUUUUUAUGUAAUGUGAUAUAGUGUUUACCAUUGAUGGGCUUGAAGCAGUACCAUUGGCAGUAUACUCGGCAACAACGAUAUGAUAUUUGCAGACCUCUCCUGAAUCCAAGGAGCCUAACUGAGAAGGGUCACACGCGACAUCUGAAUUGCAGGCGCACCUCCCACUACAUCCCGGAGACUUCUCUUUGUCGCAGUUGAAGGAUGCGAAGAACCUCCCAUUCGUAGCAAAGUUUGGAUGAAACGCCAUUCCCAUCAUUCCAAAGCUCGUAUCCAGGUAUACUUGAUCUGUCAAGUCAACAAAGGGGCUCGAUUCAUCGACUCCCAAUACCUCACCCGAAUCCUGUUCUGGUAUGGUGGCUAACCAGAUUUUGCCUGCCAGGUUGGAGAAGAAAGCGCGGUUGGAUCCAUCAGGAUGAGCAACCAUGUUGAUGUAAGAGCCAUUGCCGAUUUUCUCAAGGCACAUGCCCUUUGGUGGAGGCAGCGCGUCUGUGUUGUUAAAUGAGACGGGUUCUCCAUUGAAGCAAGGAGAGCUUUCACUGGAGGCGCCACCAAAUGCAUUGCAGAAGUCGGAUUCGGAUUGCCAGAGGUCGGUUAACUUGGAUACGGUCACGUUUUGUGGAACUGCAGCCUUGCUUUGCAGCGCGGGGGCAAACGGGGAAUUCAAAAUCAGUACAUCUUGGCAUGACUCCCAUACACUUGAGCAGAAGCUAUCGUUGUUUGCUGCUGUGGAAUUGCACAGUACUGGGACUGAUCGAGGCUCUGAAUCCACGUUGAAUAGCUUUGCUGAGAAUGGAUCACAAGUCUGGUACAUGAACAUUUUUGUAAAUAAUCAUCACAAAUGGAUUCAUCUUAUCACAAACAAACAAGGUAUCUUCCAACCAAAAAGAGAAAUAAAUAGUAAGGUUUGAGCAAAAUACUGACUGCACAGAUGAUAGAUUUGACAGCAGAAGCGCAGGAAGAGUGAGAAAUGUUCAUAGCCUCAAACUGCUUCUGCAGCUGCACAUCUUGUGCUCUACUGCAACACACUUUCCCAUUGUACGGACAGAACGACAAACUCCCCGUUUUGCUGCUGGGUUGCCCUGCUCACACACACACAUUAGUCCAAGAAAAAAAAACACAACACCAAAAAACACACACUUACUCAAGUUUGUGCAGAGGGGAUAUGAAGAAGAAGGAGAAGGCAAGAGCAGCAGCAGCAGACAGAAUAAACACAAAUUUGUGACAACAUUUUCCAUGCUGUUCAGUGUGUGAAAGAGAUGAGAGGAAAAUAUUGACAUGCAGCAAUUGCCACCAAAUCCUUAUCUUCUGCACUUCCACUAUAAAUGCUAAAGCUGGAAAAGCUGGAUAUGACUAAAAUAUUCAAGUGAUUAUCCAGAAGCAAUUGAAUUUUUCAUAUUUCUUCA